AUGGACUUCAAGCAACAGCUGCAGCGCAUUCCGGUCAAGCGCAAGAGAUCACCGUCGCGCCCACCUGUUCUAUCCGUUGAGCCCUGUCGCAGUACAUUCAUCACUCUCCUCGCUCAACCUAAGUGCUACGCACCAGUGUCUGAUCUCCUUUUCGGCUAUCUGGAUGCCCCUGAGAUCAUUGCCCUCAGCCGAGUUUGCAAGGCUCUCUCUAAACUCUACGUCAACUGUAUACCCACGCACUGGAAUGUUGACCAGCGCUUAGCGUCUUUUGUCGAGAAACCAAAAACCCUUCGAGCACUUCUCAAGAAGCUCGAUGCCUUGAUUGUCGGCAGCCUUCCUCUUCAACUAUUCUCUCGCCUGCACUGGAAAGAUUCGAGCUUAGACAUCCUGGUCACCUGUCUUGAUGAGGGCAAUUCUUUCGAACUCAACGCUCUGGGUGAUUAUCUCCGUCUGGAGCGCUAUCAAAAGGAUGAGAAGGAUGUUUGCUUCGACGACGGCGACUACUACCAGACAGCAGAAGUCUGGACCCAUCAAACCGGUUGCCGCAAGAGAACCGUGAAGCUUCUUUCUGCAGCCAAUCUGCCUCUGUGGUACUGUAUGGAUUCCGUCUUCUUUUCCACCAUGGGUACCUGUUUCAUCUCUGGCGACGCGGCCUAUCACCUCUGUCCCAAAUACACCUUCAUCGAUGGAAAAGUGCAGUUCACAGACGAACUCGCAUACGCCGUCGAGGACAUAGUAUCUCGGUACUGUCAAAGAGGCCUAGACUUCGCCGCCAACGCACCACACGACACCGAGGAAGUGACAUGCAAGGAUGUGCGCAGAGACCUCGAGGGUACCCGAAGGAUCGGCGACGCCAAAACGUGGAAAAUCUCACUCGAUUGCACAGAUGAGCCAGAACACAACGACAACAAACGCAGCAACGGCAGAAAAGACACAGCGCCUUACUUGGAAACCUGCACUUUCAGGGUCACAGUCAAAGACAAAACUCUAGACCCAAAUCUUCUGCCAGCAUGGGUUCCUCUGUACUCCGUUCGUACAUCCUUCUCGCUCACCUGUACCGUUUUCCGCUGCUGUAUGCUCCAGCACUAUUACAUAUUCGACUCCCCAGACGAAUGCAACACCAAGGAGAAGGGUUUCGUACACUACCUACGAUGUCAACUCCAGAAGCUCGCCCGCCCGCAGCUGAAACACCAUUUGCAGCAAGGCACCUUUGUACCAUGCGAAGAGCCAUAUCGCGGCGGUGGGUAUAAUUGCAGCGAAUCGGGCAGUCAGGAUGAGUGUGAGACUUUGGCUCAAUGCUAUGCUCAGAUCUUCCAGCCGCCCGAGGGGUGGAAGUUUGCGGAUGAUCAGGUUGCAAGGAUCUACGAAGAUUGGAGGAGACUUGAGAAGGCGAGGAUGGAUGAAGCUUGA